GACAUGCUGCUGUGAAGUUGUGAAAACCUGUUCAGGGAGACAGAUUUCACUGCUGCACCUGUGAAGUUUAUGUCUUUGUGAGGUUUCCUUGACUAAACUGACUCUUGUGGCCGACACAGCUCAUGAAUGGGAACUGAAAACGGGACUGAAAUAAGCUGACGACCUUCCUUUAGCUACAUUCAGCGGCAAACCGGUGAUAAUGAUGAUGGACAAAGGUUCAGCAGUUCUUCAGGGUGCUUUCCUCUUGGCUAAUAAGAAGUGUCUCCCUUCGUCCCUGUCCUCCCUGCAGAAAGCUGACUGGAGCAGGGUGGGACACCUGGUCGUGGAGGCAGUCAGAGAAAUCUGUGGACAGGAUGAACUCUGUGGUCAUUCCAACACAGUGUCUGGCUGCUGGAAAAAGAAGAUAGUUUGUGUUGUGUGGUUGAAGCUGUUGUGCAGACAGGCUGACGAGGACGUGGAGACAUCGUGGAGGGAGAACCCUUUCUUCCCUCUCCAGAAUGGCCUCCCUGAGAUCAACCAUGUUGUCCUGCUGGAGCUGGUGAGGUCUCUGGCAGCUGCAGAUAUUUUUGCCCAUUUUCUUCUGUGUCUUCCUCAAUCUCAGAUCUGCACUGAGCUUGAGAGGCUGACGCAACAUGUGAAAAGCAGCCCUACUAGGGAGGAUGAUGUCCGAUUUUUUCUGGAGGUGUGGUGGGAGCUGUGGAAAGGCAGAAAUGAACAGAGAGCAGGAGGAAAGGAAAGCAUAGAGGCAAUGUUUGCCGACCAGUUUGCUCGUCUGUCUUCCAAGUCCUCCGGUCUGUCCCCUCAGGCUGCCAAGAGGUUAAAGCUUGACACAUCAGAUCAACUAUCAUUGUCACCAGCCAUUGAUGUCCUGCGCAUUCUCCUUCAUGGACUUAAAGACCUGAAAGAUCACAUAUCCUCAACAGAUCUCUGUCUCCAGGCCCUCUCCAUUUCCCUGGACUCUCUUUACACCACCUUGCUAAUAGACCAAGACGUCAUACUUCCGACUCAAGAGAAGAUGCACAUGUUGUCUAAAGCUGUCAGCAUCAGAGAAAAGAACGAUGAGACACUGAGCCCUGAACUCAUUCAGGAGGCUCAGAGAGACCUCCGUGCUUCUCACUCACCAUCUCGGUUUCAACCAAGCAGGAUGAAGCUCGGGGAAGCCUUGAAGAUUAUAACAGACCUCACACAGUUUUGGAUUAACAGUGGGCUCCUGAAAGUGUAUGACAGUGCUGCUCUUAGUUACCCUGCGUUUAAACUAGAACAAAGUGUCCAGAGAGUCCUCACAGCUUCAGAGGAAGCAGACUUGUCUGAAAGCAUGACUGAAACGGAUGUUCAGGAGACAGAGAAGAAUAAGCUCACAGGUUUGCUAAAGUCACUGACAUUCCCUGUCAUACAGACAACCCCUGCGGUGGAUGCAAAGGUCACUACGAUCAUCAUAAGUCACCGCCUGGAAGACUACCAGAGCUUUGCUGUGUUAUUUGCCAGUGAGAAGAGCUGGGCCUCCUGUGAUGAGCACUGGCUGGACUGCCUGGACAAGAACCAAGCAGCCUUCCAGCAGCACGAUACACUGAUCAACCUCGCCUCCACCCUCAUGAGCAAACUCCACAGCGAGAGCCCAAACGUGAGCCAGUGCAGGAAGCUGAUGAAAGUUGUUGCAGACAUUUUCUCAGCACUUUCGUUAGAAGACAAGAACAAAUCCUUGGCUGCCAUGUUGAGAUUGUCCCCCAGGGGUUUCUUUGGGCAUUCUGUUCCCUCUGCUGUGACUGAUGGGUUUGAGCAGGAGCUCAACAUGGCAUUCAACUGCAUCAUCCAAGCAGGGGGUGGAGCGUCAGCAGCAGCGUCGCAGGGCAAUCUGAAUACAGCAGCCUGUUUAGUAGCGAGAGUGGCCUUUCAGAACCCGGAGGCCGCUUUGAGGUCAUGUUGUCAUUCCGCUAUUUUCAACAAGGGGGCGUUUUCUCUAAUGGCCAAGAUCCUUCAGCAGCUGCCUGGACUCAGAGGACGGAGGGGAAGAAAAGAUGAAGAUGAAUAUAAUGAAAAAGAAAGAAGAGAGGCAAAUGACAACAUAGAUGAAGGAAAGGAGCCUGUGAGUGGUGGAAGCCUCCUCUGCAGGUGUCUGCAGGAGAUCAUCAAGACCAAAUCACUGUUGGCCAGUGAAAAAGAGCAGUUCCUCAGGUUUCUGGGUCUGCUGAUGAUGCCAGUCAUAGCGAUUGAGGGAGAAGAAAGGAGGCAGUGCUUUCUGCCACCUCAGGAGGUCGUGAGCGUCUUCGUCCUGCCAAACCUUUCCACUAUGGGUCACAGCUCCUUUGAUGUAGAACUGAGUGUGCAGCUUCUCCACACUGCUUUGUGUGUGGAUACACAGGAUCCAGCCUCUUCUCCCCACUGGGUGUUGGACUGCUCUCCCUUUCCUCUGCUUUACGUCCUAGCUCAGCUGCACAACCAGGCUCUCAGGUUUUGGGAGGAGCCAACAGAGGGUGCUGUCCACCACUGGUCCAUGGACACCAAGGAGCUGCUGGUGUCCGUACUGGACACACUGGGGCAGGUGGUGGGUGCAGAGGUGGCAGCAGCCCCCAGCAGCUGGUCCAGAGCUCUUUCCUGGCUCUACAACAAGAUGGAGGAACUGGACUGGACAGUUCGGUUCCACCUGAAGCCUGUGUGGGGGGAACACUUUAAAAAUGAAGUUCCCUUGUCUCUGCUGACCGUGUGUGAUUUACCUGAGCAGGAGUGGUCAGGUUUGGACCUGCCUCAGUACGGCCAGGGCAGCGGCCUUUUGGCAUGGAUGGAGUGCUGCUGUAUAUCAGACUCCCUGCAGUCCACCAUGUUGUCGUGUCUCUCUCUGGACCAGCGCCGGCCCGACCACGUCAGCAUGUUCAGCAAAGGCCUGCUGGUGGCUCUGACCCAGACUCUGCCAUGGUGCUCCAUCUCCCAGUGGUCCAGGCUGCUGGGAGCCCUGAGGGAGCUGAUCACCUCCGGACGCCUCCACGUCCCCUUCUCGCUUGAGUAUGUGGACUAUCUGCCCCUCCUGGAUCUGAGGAGGUUUUCGUGUGAGCUCCGCCUGUCAGUCCUUCUGCUUCGAGUCCUUCAGUUCCUCUGUGGAUCCAGCUGCUCACACUGGCUGUCCGUGGACGGUUGGGCACAUGUUGGCAGGUUAUACGCUCAUGCUGUGAGAGACGUGAUAAACUCAGUAAGAGCCAAGCUGCCUCUUCCAUCAUCUGCCUCAAUGCCUCCAAAAACACCAGCAUGUAGAGACUCAAAUCCUUCCUGCGCUUCAGUCAAAGCUUCUAAAAUGUCCAAAGACUCUGUGAAAGAAGCAGAAAGCCCUCCGCUGAAAUCAAGAGAGUCACAAAUGGACGAGGAGGUGGACACAGUUCCCAGCCAGGAAGUCCUUUUUGUCCUCAGCCAGCUCUUCUGCCAUGUUCAGCAUGUCCAGGUGAUGAUGCCAGGAGGCCAGUGCGAGCCGUUGUUCCUGUCCAGUUUGGAGAUCCUCAGUCACUACGAAGCCAUCAUGGCCGCCUUUCCAGGCAGCAGCAGCCCGCUGGAGAGCGACAACACCCGACACUUCUUCUCCACCAUCACAGACAACCUGGAGAACCAGGAGAUGAAGGUCGUACUGCAGCAGAAGAUCGCUCAGCUCGUGUCAUCAGACACACACUGAUUUUUCAUUUGUAUUCCUCUGGGAGAAUAUGGUUCAAAUGCUCCAAACUCUGUCUGUGGAUUUUGAUCAUAUUAGUGUGUUGAACUCAACUAAUUUACGUUAUUUAGCUAUUGCAAAGUGAUGUGUUUGGAAUCUGAGUAAAUAAAAAAAACACAAU